GCCUGGCUCAUCACAUCUGUAAUCUCCUAAUAGAAACUGUGGCUCUGUACUUGAAGGCAGAUGAUAAAAGCAGCAUCAAGACAGCAAAUGCGCUGCUUCUGUCCUUGCUUGACAUUUUGCACUGCAUGCUGAUGUAUAUAGCAAACAUUGUGCGCCAGACUUUACAGGCACAGAAAUCUGGCACAGGAGGGGACACGCAGACUGCUGAAGACCUUCUGCUUAUCAAUAAACCCCUGACGGACCUAAUUAGCCUGCUUAUUCAACUGCUUCCCAGUGAAGAUACUGAAAUAUUUGAGAGUGCGUCACAGUGCUUAUCAUUGCUGGUUCAGCUGUAUGGAGGGAACGGUCAGGAGAGUAUGUCUCCAGAAAACAUGGACAGCUUUGCUGAAGUACUGAAGUCCAAAAAAGGUAUACGACAACUGAAGCUUUUGUUGAGAAUUAUAAGGAGACUGAUAACUUCAAACAAGAAGUGCUCGGAGAGCCUGAAGAAUGAUGGCGAUGGUCUUAUCCAAACUCUAGAGAGCCUGGCCCAAACUGCCAGACAGGUUUCUGAUCUCUUGCUCUGCCCGUGCAGCAGGAGGAGGAUACCGGCCAAGCAGUCACAUGCCGAGCAUGGGGCACUGCUUGGAGUACAGGCUGCUUUCGGUGCUCUCCCGCUGCCGCGGAGCAGCCGUGCAUUGCCAAACCCCUUCUCCACCGUACAUCCUCAGAGUGACACAGAACCAACCCGUCCUGCUUAG